GUGAUGUCCCAAGCUACACGGAUGUUGCGAUCCCGCUGGGCUCGCAGCCGCGCGCCAUGGACCACGUCAUUGAAGACGAUAUUACGAUAGUCGCUACUGUUAAAGAGUUGGCAGUUUUUGUCGGUAACAACAAACAGUCGAGCUUGCCGAUCAAGUACGAGCCGACUUGUGUCACAAUCGAUCCUAAGACGAAACAUGUGGCUGUUGGAGGCGCCGACAACAAGGUCCACAUCUACUCGCUGUCCUCUGGCGCGCUCUCCCCCGGCGCGGAGCUGGAACACCUGGGCGCGGUCACGGACGCGCGCUACAGCCCCGACUCGCGGUACCUCGUGGCCUGCGACGCCAACAGGAAACUCAUACUCUAUACCACGGAUGAAUACAAGCUGGCUCACAACAAGGAGUGGGGCUUCCACACGGCGCGCGUGAACUGCGUGGGCUGGAGCCCGGACUCGGGCCGCCUCGCGUCCGGCUCGCUCGACACCGCGCUCAUCGUGUGGACCGUGGCCGCGCCCGCCAAGCACACCAUCAUCAAGAAUGCUCACCCUCAGAGCCAGAUCACGGGUCUCGCGUGGCUGGACGACGAGACCCUGGUCUCGGUCGGUCAGGACGCCAACACUCGCGUCUGGUCUGUGCCCAAGGCAUAGACGCGCCACACGGAGAAAUAUUCUUAACAGUACGUGUUAAAUGGUCUACUGUAAAGUAUAAUAACGCAAGUAGAAAGAGCUCUGAGAAGAGUUGCUACGCUGAAGUAAAUUGUGGAUAAAAUUUUUGUUUAAAGGGGUAUUUUCUGUUUAUGUAUUAAAUGUGACUUUACUGUUUAUUCCGCUGUCUAGUCUGUGUAUACGCUCUGUGCAAUCAUUACCGCCCCGUAACUUGUUUCUUAGAGCUCUUUUUAUCUGUGCUUAACUACUGCCUUCACACAUCCUAAAAUUAAGAUGGCGGAUUUCAAAAUGGCUGCCUUGCAGUUGAAUGAAAUAAUAUAGAACUCCGGAUAUUAAUUUGGUGUAAACGUCGUAAAAAUAUUCAAAUAUAUUUGUUUUUCGAGAAACCGGUAUUUCAGUGACAAAACCUUUAAAUAAUACAUUUAAAGAUAUAUAUUUUGAAGUGUAACAUAUAACAAUAUAAAUAAAAGAAUAUUUCUCCAAACAAAUAGUUAUACAUAGCUGAUAUAAGAGAAAUACUAACGUAUUUAUUUCGCUUAAAUUAAGUUAAUGAAAUGACUCCAUUAGUUAACAAUAAAUAUGAUUUUUGUUACUAAUAUUGAGUGUAUGUUGUUCGCAAAUGAAUUUAGGACUGAUUCAUUAUAGUUAAUAUAUUUAAAUUAUUCGAUUUUCACCCAAGUACACUGAUCUUGAUAAGUUAAGUCAGAAAACUAGUCUUACCAAGAGUUUUAUUAAUCAUUAAUUAAAAUACUCAUGUACAUACAUACACAACCAUCUGACGCUAAUCACCCACGCCUGUAAAUGUCACUACAUUCAAAUUUGAUCAAAAUCGGUCCAUCUGUUUUUAUAGUUUUAAAUUGAAAUAUCAUCGGGUUUCAAGCUACACUGAAAUCUUCAGCCUGCUUAUCGGAAAGUGACUCAAAAUUUAGUUGCAAAAAUCCAACCAGAACGACAAACAGGCAAACAAGAAAAGUCUUUGUAUAAAAACGUGGAAAAAUAAAAAAUGUUACAACAAAUCUAUCAAAUGACCCAUAUAAGAUCAAACAUGUUUGAACGUGCGAUACCCCUUCAAAUGACAUUCGUGAUUCUGUUUCCACAGUCCACUAGUCAAAUUUUGUCUGUACAAAUAUUUAUAAAAAAGCAAGCAUUUAUAACAAUAAGCAAUCAGUCCUAUUUCUGUGCGAGCAUUGUGAUUUUUAGUUUUUUUUUUUACACUGAAAUGGUGCGAUCUGAAUGGUCCUUUUUUACCCGUUGCAUACUAACGGUUUGAAAUCGCAUUUAUAAAUGUCCUAUUAAGAAUGUACUAUGUGACUAUUUGGAAAGAUAAAUAUGUUAAUUCUAAAAUAUAUACAUCAAUUUAAUCAAACUAUCUUUACAUUUGUACGGUAUCUGUCAAAAAA